CCCUGCACACAGCGACAGGAGGCUCCGCACCGGAGACGAGGGGCGCUCUGCACAUAAAAGAAAAAUACACCCAUCGCCUUAAAUUUAGAGGUCAUUUGGGAGAGCCCCGCUGCUUUGUGACCUCACUGGUUAGUUCCUUCUAGGGGCCAAGCCAGCUGUUACACACCACUGCAGAGAGAAGCGGAUGUGCUGUACACAGAGCCCUGUGCUAAGGUUUUUUUUAUUUUUUCCCCAUUUUGAUGUAACUAGGGGUGCUGUUACCGUCUGCGUAUAACCUGGAUACAUGCUUCAUGUGAAGGCUCUUUGUAGCAUCUGCCUGCUUUCCUGCAGUUUGCUUUUAUAUUUCUGUGUAGAUCUAUCCACUGUGCACAUAGGCUCCUGUAAUUAUCGGAGAGCGUCACUGUUCACUGCCAAAGCUGCGUAACCCACGAGCUCGGAUGCAGGCUGGUAAACGAUGGGGGAUCUGUAAUGUCGGAAGAGGAAUUGAAAGGCAUCUUGUAAGCAAAAGCUGUCUGAUUGCUGCUCCUGAAGCAAUACUCUACUGUGCGCAGCCCUUGACAGCCUAGACUGCAUUGUGCACUGACCACGGAAGGGUAUGGAGCAUAUACACAGGGGGACCCUGCAAUGAAGUAGUUAAUCGGAACCUGAGGAGCGGUGGUGGCCGGUGCUAAAUGACUACUCCCCUCAUUCAGCGCACACAGGGAUUUCUCGUUGCAUUGCACCUUUGCUCUUUGGGGAAUAUAUAUACCGGAGCACCACCGAUUUAAGGAAUGAAUUUUAUGACCUGGACAAAAUGAAUGAAUAAUGUGCUUCGAAAACUCUUUAAGGCCUGGAAUCCCAAUAACGUACAGACUGCUACUGGUCGUUCUGAUGGGUUCACAGUAUUCUCAGACAUACUGAACCGCGGGACUGUCUUCUCCAGGUAGAGCAGAUUUGAUUUUGGAGGAUCUGCUGCUGCCGUUAAAUCGUGGGAUUUUUGUCUUUUAGUUUUGAAAAUUUGUAAAAAAAAAAAAAUCAAAUAAAAAAUGGCAGACUUAGAAGCUGUGCUGGCGGAUGUCAGCUAUCUAAUGGCAAUGGAGAAAAGCAAAUCGACCCCCGCAGCCAGAGCCAGUAAGAAGAUUGUACUACCCGAACCAAGUAUUCGAAGUGUGAUGCAGAAGUAUCUUGAAGAACGAGGGGAGCUGACCUUUGACAAGAUAUUCAACCAGAAAAUCGGGUUCCUGCUUUUCAAAGACUUUUGCAUGAAUGAAAUUGAUGAAGGCGUCCCACAGCUCAAGUUCUAUGAAGAGAUAAAAGAGUACGAGAAGCUGGAUUCGGAGGAGGACCGCCUUUGUAGAAGUCGACAGAUUUAUGACACGUAUAUAAUGAAAGAGCUACUAUCUUGUUCACAUCCAUUCUCCAAGCAAGCUGUAGACCACGUACAAGCUCAUCUUGCGAAAAAACAAGUGCCCCCUGCUUUAUUUCAGCCAUACAUAGAAGAGAUAUGUGACAGUCUUCGUGGAAAGAUAUUUCAGAAGUUUAUAGAAAGUGAUAGGUUUACUAGAUUUUGCCAAUGGAAAAAUGUGGAGUUAAAUAUCCAUCUUACAAUGAAUGACUUUAGUGUCCAUCGAAUCAUUGGACGAGGAGGAUUCGGUGAAGUAUAUGGAUGUCGAAAAGCAGACACUGGUAAAAUGUACGCAAUGAAAUGUCUCGAUAAGAAAAGGAUUAAGAUGAAGCAAGGAGAGACCCUAGCCUUAAAUGAAAGGAUCAUGCUGUCCCUGGUCAGCACAGGGGACUGUCCGUUCAUAGUGUGCAUGACUUACGCCUUCCAUACACCAGACAAGCUCUGCUUCAUUUUGGAUCUGAUGAAUGGUGGGGAUUUGCACUACCACCUGUCACAACAUGGUGUCUUUUCUGAGAAGGAAAUGAGGUUUUAUGCUGCUGAAAUUAUUUUGGGCUUGGAACACAUGCACAAUCGCUUUGUGGUGUACAGAGACUUGAAGCCAGCAAAUAUUCUAUUAGAUGAACAUGGACAUGUGAGGAUAUCAGAUUUGGGACUUGCUUGUGAUUUUUCCAAGAAGAAGCCACAUGCUAGUGUAGGAACGCACGGGUACAUGGCACCAGAAGUGCUGCAGAAAGGCACAGCAUAUGACAGCAGCGCAGACUGGUUUUCCCUAGGGUGUAUGCUCUUCAAACUUCUGAGAGGGCACAGCCCUUUCAGACAGCAUAAAACCAAAGACAAACAUGAGAUUGACAGGAUGACCCUGACUAUGAAUGUGGAGCUGCCAGACUCCUUCACUCCAGAACUGAAGUCCCUCUUGGAAGGUCUUCUCCAAAGAGAUGUGAGCAAGAGACUUGGCUGCCAGGGAGGCAGUGCGCUGGAAGUUAAGGAGCACGCGUUCUUUAAAGGCAUUGAUUGGCAACAGGUGUAUAUGCAAAAGUAUACUCCUCCACUGAUUCCUCCUCGAGGAGAGGUAAAUGCAGCUGAUGCCUUUGACAUCGGGUCCUUUGAUGAAGAAGACACAAAAGGAAUUAAGCUUCUUGAUAGUGAUCAGGAACUAUACAAGAACUUCCCCUUGGUGAUAUCUGAGCGUUGGCAACAAGAAGUUGCAGAAACGGUUUAUGAAGCUGUCAACGCAGAUACUGAUAAGAUUGAAGCCCGGAAACGAGCCAAAAACAAGCAGCUUGGUCAUGAAGAAGAUUAUGCACUAGGGAAGGACUGCAUUAUGCAUGGCUAUAUGCUGAAGCUGGGAAACCCUUUCUUGACUCAGUGGCAGCGGCGUUACUUUUACCUCUUUCCAAACAGACUUGAAUGGAGGGGAGAAGGAGAAUCUCGGCAAAAUUUAUUGACAAUGGAACAGAUCGUGUCUGUGGAAGAAACCCAGAUAAAGGAUAAAAAAUGCAUCUUGUUGAGGAUUAAAGGGGCUAAGCAAUUCGUCUUGCAGUGUGAGAGUGAUCCAGAAUUUGUACAGUGGAAGAAAGAACUGACUGAAGCUUUUACCGAGGCCCAGAGGCUUUUACGUCGAGCUCCAAAGUUUCUGAACAAGUCGCGGUCCGCAGUUGUAGAGAUCUCCAAACCACCACUUAGUCACAGAAAUAGCAAUGGCCUUUAGGGGGCAGGACAGGACCAAGACAUCUUAGGGAUAACUACUUAUAUAACACCUUGACCAAGGUCCACAGCAAUGUUAUUAGUUACUUGUAUGGUCCUCAACAGCAAGGUGUAUAUAAAAGAAGCUUUGGGAGCCUGCAUCACACAUUGUCUACUGAAGACUGGUCUUUACCGCCUGAAGUCUCGAAGAGGUCAUGCAGCUUGAGGCAAUGAAGAGAUGAAUUUUCACUAACAGAAGAGUUGUAAAAGUUGCCAAAUUUAGUGAUUGCUCAUCAUUCAGUUGCAUCAGCUUAUCCUGAAUGGCCUGUGCUGAAGAAGCAAGGCAUCCCACCCUUGCUUUUUAUCUUGGCAUAUGCAUGCUUUCGUGUAUGCCAAACAAGAAUAUGAAAUGGUUUUUGCAGUAGUUGCUUUUACGUUAAUUUUUAUGUCUGAAAUUCAACAUAUCCCUGGAUGGUUUUGGGAGGGAUUGCUGUGUCGCAAGAAUGUUCUCAAGAUGAUAGCUUUCCUGAGUGUUGCCAUAAUUGUCCCCUGAAUACCCUUUUUUGUCCUCCUGACUUGCACUGUUGACGUUAACUGGCAGUGUGUCGAAAUGGUUAUGCACUUCAAAGUAAUGACUUUUAUCUGUCCUGUGGUUAUAAAAUGUAGAUACUUCAUGGGAAUACAUACCAAGAAUAAUCACCCAGUUCUGUAUCUUCACCAGUAUAGUGGCUACCACUGUCUUGCCGUGUAUGAGGAUAGAAAUAUACUAGUAGAGCAAUUAUCGGUAAAAAGGAGUGCAUGGUAGCUUUGUCCAGUGUUCUGGUAGCCAGUUAGCAAUUUUAGCACAGAUAUUAAACAAGCUCAUUUUACAGAUACGUUUACAAUUGCUAUAAAGACAGCUUUCUUGCCAUUUCAGGUCAAUUGCACUUUUUUUUUUUUUUUUUAAAUCAAAUUUAUGCUUUUGUGAAUAGUAGUUGAGAACGUUGGAGAACCCUGGUACGUGUCAUGCUGUAAUCUUAAAUCAGUCCUCAUCAGAAAUUCUUGUCCUUGUCCUCCAUAUGUCCACCAUUGGGCUUCUCAUUGCUGUCCUACUGUCAGGCAUCAUCAAAGCUACAGAGCUAUGAACAUUUAUAGUAAGACUGUGUAUCUAAGGAAGGACAAGACAAUCAGUCUGAUCUUUUGUUGCUACCUACUACAUACACCUGUGCUAGGUCGGAACAAGCACUCACUGGAAAUGGCAUCUCGGGCUGAUGGGGACUCUACGCUUCAGCUGUCGCUUUGGCUGCACCACGCAUUUUUGCAUCCCACUUUUGAUUUUACCAAUUAAGUGCAAAGUGCCAAUGGACUCAAACGCUUCCUAGAUCCACAUUCCCUGUAUUUAACAGAAACUUUUUAAUGUAUUUGUAAAUAUUAAUUUAAGAAUUAGUUACAUGGGAAGGCAGCAGGAGCAUCGAUCUAUCUGCACCUACAUCUGCAGCUGCGUUUUACAUAGUCUCAAUUCUUUUCAAUGCCUUUUGCUCAUCGUAUGCAUUCUCCUUGGUUUAGGUAAAUGCAGUGGUACUCACCGUUCCAUGGGCAGAUUAAACCACCGGGGAAAGUGUUAUGAAUGUGAUAGAUUUUUAGUGUAAUGGAAGUAAAAUGGUUAUUGGUUAAGUAUAACUGAACUACUGUGAAGUAUCAAUCCAUGUAUGUAUUACAAUCACAUGCAGUGUUUGAGAGCAAUUGUUAGAUGUUACAUUUAAAGGGAACACUGAAACCCAUUUCAUCUGUAUUUUACUCCUAACCCUGGAUUUCUUCCUCUUGUCAACAGUGGUAGAAAAAAUUCAUAAAAUAUCAAAUGCAAGAAAUGGUUACAAGAUAAUCUUUACUACUUUGAAGGUGUUAGCGAACCCAUACACUUAAUGCCUAGUGAUAAACCAUGUAACCUUGGAAGAUUCACUCAUCCAUCUGACAUAAGUAGUCUUUCUGUAAGAAGGGAAGAGAGAUGGUACCCGCUUCUUAGUAUCUAUCUGUCCAUAGCACCUUAUCCCUUCUGCUCACAUUUCAGAGCCACAACCCUGUUUGUCGUCAUUUCCAUAGAAGUGUCUAUUUUCUUAUCGUACUGUAGUUUUAAAGAAUUUAUGGAAGCCAUAGUUAUGGAUAGAGUUGUAAUGACUGUUACUGAGCACUGAUGUGCAGAUCCUGUAAAAUGCAGCAAUAACAAAAGAUUCACCACUGCAUUCCAAACAUGGACCCAUUUAGCAUGGUGGCACCUUAUUUUGGAAGUCUGAUUCAUAUAAUACAGUAUUUGUCAAGUAUCAACAUAAUGCUGGAUUUAUUUAGUAGGUUAAAGGGGUUGGCUGCUUUUUGCAUACAUUUCAGAGAUGCCAUUCACUGAAGUGUAAUGGCAUAAGGAACUGCUACAUUUCUUCAGGGCUUACCACAGAACCCCCCUUCUUUCCCAGUGCUCAUGUAGAUGUGGACAAGCCAUGCUAUCCAUAGAUUCCCAAUAUGGCAGCGCUGCCCCCUACUGCACAGGCAGUGAAAGCUGUCAGCGUAGGCCCUGAAUCAGAGAACCUAUGGAUGCCCUGUAUAUGUGGCCUGACUGAAUGCUUUCAGCGCCUGCACAGUAGAGGAUACAGCCGCCAUCUUGGGAAGCUGUAGAUGGCAUAAUUUGUUUACAUCAGUACCUGUGGGGAACAGAAGGCUCUGCCGGUUAUGCAGAAAGUAGACUAUUUCUAAGUUUUGUGGGUCUAUUUAGAGAUGGUAAAAGAGAGUAAAGUACAGAGAAUUGGCUACACAAUCCUGUAUGUUAUGAAGAAUAGCCCUUCUACAUAGAGCAAACACCUUCCCCACUUAUGGACAUAUACAUUCCUGUGACUUGACAGAACAGUUAGGCCAUGUCUAGACAACUAGGAAAACUGGUGAUUAUUAGCAGGUAGCAUAUGAUGUAACCAGUAGUCACAUUGCUGCUUCACUGAUAUCUUGCAGUCUAUUUUCCGCAUGGAGUAUUGGCAUAUAUCCCAACUUAUACUGGAUCUGUCAUUUACUAUCCCAUAUUAACUCAACACUGUGAACAUUCCUUCGGUCCACAUUACGCUCAGUUAUAACACGCUCUCUAGAGGAGAUUUAUUUUGUAACCAUUUGCUUGCUUGUUUUUUCAAAACCAUAAAUCAUUCCGAUAUCAACUAUCGGGGGUGAUUCAUUUUACCAGUAGCCUGUAUGACACAAAACACGGAAACCUCACCAACACAUAAUUCCUGCGUGAUUCCUCCUCCAGUCCUUUACAAUGCAUCUACUGUAUGUUUCUUCUUCUGUUUGGCCCUGAUAUUCCAUUUUUUGUAAAGAAGUGUUUUUGUUUUAUAAGCUACAGUAUGUUUCAUGACAAAGUAUAGCUAAAUUCUGAUCUAUUAGCCUAGCCUUGUCGGUCAGCUACAGAGAUUAUGUCUGCAAUUCAGACAACGGAGAACGGAUCGCACAGCCAUCAUGGCGUCUCACCUGUAUGAGCUACUGAAGAAAAGAACAUAUUUGUUUGCCUUGUUCAAAGUAAGGAAACGCAUGCCACACAUGCGCGCAUUGGUAAUAAGGAGAUGGCCUGAGCACAAAGUUGAAGCCAAGCACAUUCCUAGAGAAAAGCUAUUUUUCUAGAUUGGUUGUCAUGCCUGUCAAGCUGCUCAGAUACAGAGCUUCACUACUAGCAUGGAGUGCCGACACAAUUGCACCCGGAAAAAUUUCCAAUUUAUUAGACAUGAUUUUGUCAUCAAAACCUCGUUCUGUUUGCAUUCAGUCUAUUUUACUGGUGUGUCCCUUGUGUAGCUGUUCCUGUGAAUGCACAGUAUCCCACUGUAAAUAUAACUCUGUUAUAUUAAUGGAUUGGAUGUGUUAGUGUUGCAUGUUCUUAAUAAUUACCAGCCCCCUUCUUUUU